AUGACCAACGUUGACUUCCCCAGAGGGGGUGAAUUGGCUCCGUUAGAAAACAAACGAGCUAAGAAUCCUAAACGUAAAGCUACAGAUGAUGGAGAUCAGGUAUUUUGUGGUUUUUUCUAUAUCUUUAAUUGUUUUUCAAGUUUUAUAACUUUAAUUUUUGAUUCCAUUUUAAUAAAAUAAGUAAAAAUAUUAUAUUUUAGCCAGCAAAAAAGCGUGAAGUAGAAGAACAAUAUCAAGGUGUGUUUAUUCAACGAUUAAAGAAGGAAUUAUUUUCUACAGAUGUCAGGGCUCUUGGAAUAGUUAAAGAAGUAAGUUCGGAAUUUGUUUUUAUUAAUGUUUAGGUCAAAGACACAGAAAUAUCCUUGGAAACAGCUAGUGGAUUGACAGCGAAGGUGGCUGUGAAACAGAUGCCUAAAAUCUUUGCCAAGACUUUUGGAGAUGUUGAAUUAAGCGAUGUGUACUCUGUGGGUCAAUCUCUGGCUUUUAAGGUUGAAAAAGCCGCCGGGCCAAAUAAAAGUAAGAUUUUAGGCUUAUAUUAAUAUUGCUUUAACUUAAAUUUGGAUUAUUUUAUGGAAAAGAGCUUUCUUCAUCAGCAAAAUUUUUGCCAUUUUUGAUUAUUUUAUUGAUUGUAGAGCUAACUUUUGGUUUUUAAGUUAACAAAACAGUAAAAUAUUGUUUUAGACGACAAAGCGAUAGGCUCCAUUGAUCCAAUGGUGGUAAACAGUCAUCUUGUCGCUGCUUCUUUGAAAAACGCUCUAGUUCUUAAUGGUACCAUUCAAUCGCUAGAGGAAAAAGGUGCAGUGGUUGAUUUGGGAACAGGAAAGACAGCCGGCUUUGUUCAGAAUUUAGAUGUGCCAGAUGCUUUUAAACCAUUGAGGGUUGGUCAAGUUUUGUUGUUCAGAGUGAGGAAAGUGUCGAAGAAAGCAGAAAGAGUUAUACAAUUGUCAGCUUUUGCUGAUGCUGAUACAUACGACGAGCAAAGUUUGGAUAAGAAUCAGCUAUUGCCUGGCACUGUGAUAUUAUCAGAGCCGGAAAAAGUGGUUUCUACUGGCGUUUUUGUUAAAUUGAAUGCAAGUGAGUGAUUUCGUGAUUAUAUACUACUCUUGAACUUAAUUUUAGUUUUUAUUUAUUUUCAAUUUGAUUUUUGUCACUUAUUACCUAUAUUACUUUAGACACAAGAGCAUUUGUUCAUAAAAACGCAUUACCCCCUCGAAUCCGACUAGAUCCCACAAGACUGGGCAAAUCGCUGCGAGUUGUUGUUACUGCCAUUCUGCCAAACUCGCCAUUAUUCAUCUUAUCAGCUCAGGCUGAUAUUAUUGCUACAAGUAAUGCAGCCAAGAAGGUUUUGAAAGAGGAACAUAAGGUUGGGUCUACAGUCGAAGCUACAGCAUACGAAAUUGACAAAGCUGGAAAUGUGUACUUUUAUCUUGGUGAUAAUCCGGAAAAGCCCGAGUUUGUGACUGCGAAGGCGUUUCAGUCUGGCUUUGAUGAUUAUGAAAAAGAUAGUAGGUUUUUUGGGAGGAACUUGAUUUACUAGGGGUUGAAAAAGCAUUUACACUGUAAAAAAUGAUAAUAGCUUGCUAUACUAGAAAUUCCAAUAAGUUCUGUCACUAAAAUAACAUUUUUCAGUCGUCGAAUUCGCAUCCGGCUCCACACAUACGAUGAAGGUGAUAGGGUACCAAUGGCUGGAGCGUUGCCUAAUCUUGUCAAACAAGAAGGACGUCAAGAAGCAGGUAGUGAUGGAAAUGAAACAUAUGGAACCAGGAAGGCGGAUCAUUGGCUUUGUUAAAUCCGUGAAACCCAAGGGGAUUAUGGUCAGAUUCGGAGCUAAAGGAGAAACAGAGAUCAUUGGAUUUGUCCAGGCUGAACAUAUUUUUGAUAAAAAACACAAAAACUGGAUGGAACAUGUUGAGGUAGGCAGUUUUUUGGAGUUGCCAGUUUAAUUUUAGGGUAGGGAGAUGUAAAAUUUAAAAUUUUGGCUGGGGUUUAAAAUCGUAUUCCUGAUUGAGGGGUGACAACAAAAAAUAUUUGGGUGUGGUAAAAUCUUCAAAUUUUAGUUGUUGGGGUAAAUAUUUCAAUAAUUUUUUUAAUUUUUAAACUUCAUUUUCCAGCCCGGUCAACGCAUAACCUGCCGAGUAUUGUUCUACGACUCGGAGCACGAACGUCUUUUCCUCACCGCCCGACCCUCCCUAGUCCAAUCCAAUCUACCAGUAAUCAACGAAUUUAGCAAAAAAUUUGUUGGUGAAGUCACAACUGGGCAUUUGCUAAAACAAAUCGCCUCAGGCGCAUUCCUGGUCGCAUUCUACAACAAAGUAUGUGGAUUAUUACCGGCUCCGGAAGUUCGUAUGUCCUCAGAUCGAUUGGAACAGAAUCAGGUGGUAAAAUGCCGGAUUGUCAAUGUGGACGAGCAAAAUGAAAAGAUUUUGUUGAGUUUGGGAGAAGAAAAUGCGGCCAGAAGGGAGAGGGAGAUUAAAAAAGAGGAGAAAGUAAGUUUUUAUGACAUUAAAUUAACGUAAAAUAUUGGAAAGUACACUGAAACUGUUUGGUCUACCUUAAUAUAACAAAAAAUUAUUGUUCAAAAGGUAUUAGUUCAAAAAAAUCAAACAUGUUAAAACAAUAUAUCCAUGUUCAGGUUCAAAAACAGAAAGAAUCAUUGAAAGAAAAGCGAAAAGCCGAGAAGGUAAAGGCCAGAGAAGCCCAAAAACAAGCAAAAGAAGAGAAGAAAGUAACGAAAAAGGUGAAGGUUGAAGACUCAUUGGACUGGGAUCUGGGCGAAUUUUCAAUGCAAAGCUUGGCCAAAGUCGGCCGAAAAGAAGGCGAAGAAGAUGACAAAGAAGAGGUACAACAGGAAGUGGAAAUAAAAGAAGAGGAGGACGAUGAUGAAGGUAAAAAUUCAUCUUUAGCGCGGAUUAGAGACGUUGGUGUCACCUGUUCAUGUUUUAACCAAAAAAUGUGAUUUUUUCGUAAAAAAUGAAUUUAAUUAUUCUAGAGUACGACACCACAGAGGCCGAAGACCGUACAAAGAAGUUGAACGAAGCUGUAGCCGAAAAUUCAGCCGAUUUUGAUAGAUUGUUAACAAUGUCACCAAAUUCGUCUGAACUUUGGAUUAAGUAAGCUUUUUGCUAUAGUAUUUGUUUAGAAAUGUUAUUUUUUCGUAACAUAGCGUGAAGUCAAAGAGUUAAAAAAAUAUUUUUAAACUUGUAACUUGUAAAAAAAUUGAAUUUUUAUACCUAAAAUAAAAAAAAUCUGAUUUUAGGUACAUGACACUGUUUGCAAGCCAAAACAAACUCAAGGAAGCCCGUGACAUCGUGAAAAGAGCUCUGGAUGUGAUUUCGUACAAAGAACAAACGGAGCUCUUCAACGUAUGGACGGCAUACCUAAACCUGGAAUUGUUGUAUGGUACUCCAGAAAGCUUCAAACAAGUGUUUGAGAGAGCGACAGCGUCAAUGGAUUCACUCAAAGUUCACAAGAAGAUGAUCGAAAUCUACAAACAUCACGAUAAAAAUACGGUAAGUGCGUUUAGUUGGAUACUUUAGGUCAAAAGGACAUUUUAUACGACGAGAAGUUAACAGAAAGUCCAUUUUACAAAUGACAAGUUACAUAUAAGGUGUUAUAAAUAUACUAUGUAGGGAACCCUUUUUAAAAUAUUUAUUGUAAUACCUAUCGUUUUAGGAAGCACAAGAACUGUACGACUCAAUGAUCAAACGCUUCAAACACGACGACCUGGACCUAUGGUUCGACUACGGCACCUUCCUCUACGAACAGUCGGCCCCAGAGAAGGCUCGAAAUCUAAUGAAACGAGCACUGGAUUCCCAAGCCAAAAAACAUCACGUUACCAUAAUGUCACGUUUUGCCCAACUAGAAUACAAACAUGGCGACGCCGAGAAGGGCAAGACUAUUUUCGAGAAGAUAUUAUCAACUUACCCCAAAAGGUUGGACAUUUGGCAUGUCUACGCCGAUUUUUCGUUAAAAUAUGAAGGCGUACGCGAAGCCAGAAGACUGUUUGAACGUUUCGUGAAGCUACAUGAGAUUCAGUUGAACAAGAAGAACUCCAUGAUCAAGAAAUGGAUCGAAAUGGAAAAGAAGGACGGCACAGAAGAAACGUUGGAACAGUGCAAGAAGGUCGUUGGCGAAUUGAUGGGUAAAGAUGACGAUGAAGAGGAUGAAGAAUAA